AGUCUCUCCGUUCAGUAGUCUGAUUCAGACGUGUCGGCAAACACUUAAAACAGAAGUACAUAAUGUCGUACUCCAGCCGCUUUGGCUUUGAUUUCCAUCUGCCCGAUGAGGGUUGGUGCUAUCCCAAGGACGACAUGUUCUUUCGCCGGAGUGCCGAGUGGGUGCCAUUGGAGAAAGCUGGCGUGGGCCGUUCUUUUGCUAACACGAACAGCGUGAUAUAUCCCCGAAUCACUGGCAUGAUUCCGCGCUAUGGAGGACAUGUUCCGGGCGAGAUUUUCAAAGUUGGAACCACUUACGGACGCGCCACAGUCGACGCCAAGCGUUGGCUGGCCCUGCACCGCGAAUAAAUCUUGUUACAUUUCUUCUAGAAUUGAAAAAUUAGCUGUGUUAAGCUUUGUAAAGCACCCAAUAAAUAUUGUUCUGCCUUCAUUUCAAA